CUCACAUUUAUGCAUCUUUUCCUAACAUGUCCGAAUCACCUCAAUCUCGCCUUCUUCAUCUUGUCCACCGUGAAGAUCUGUAAAUUCUUUCCUAUUUCAAUUCUCUAAAUACCCACACAUUCAUUUCAUCAUUUUCAUUGAACGUUGGUUUUUUUUGUUGUCCUAACAGUUCUCCCACACAGCUAGGCGGGUUAAUAACCGUAGAUACUGGGUUAGAAAAGCACACGAAUGAAUAAUCAUUAUAAACAGUCAAAUAGUACAAUUUGAUACGCGACUCCCACAACCUUAUUUUAUAUAUACAUGGAGACGCGAAAGAGAUUAUUCUAGUAGAUCAGGUGCAAGCUGUUGACAUGUUGGACGUCACCAGUAGGUCAAUACAACACUGUUUCGUCUGCGUAGGAAGGUCCACCUCAUUUCAUUUUGCAUAGACAGCAAAAAAAAAGGCGUUGGGAACAAGGGGGAAAGGGAAGCCAACGGUUGACAGAGUCAUGAAAAAGAUGGCAGCAUUGCCAUCGGCAGACUGGGAAUGGGAAAAUGCCACCGCCGGUGCCGCUGCGGGCCUUGCCACUGUCACAUUCUCUCAUCCCCUUGAUGUUGUUCGUACCCGGUUCCAGGUUUACGAUGGAAGAAUCUCCAAUGUCCCGGCCUAUCGGAACACUCCUCACGCUUUGUUUGCCAUUGCUCGAAGUGAGGGUCUUAGAGGACUUUAUGCUGGCUUUUACCCUGCUGUUCUUGGGUCAACUAUUUCAUGGGGUUUAUAUUUUUUCUUCUAUAGCAAGGCUAAGCAAAGGUAUCUAAGAGAUAGGGAGGAGCUGAGUCCAGGCCUUCACCUUGCUUCAGCUGCAGAAGCAGGAGCGCUGGUCUGUUUUUGCACCAACCCUAUUUGGCUUGUGAAAACAAGAUUGCAACUUCAGACUCCUAAUCAAAUUCAUCCAUACACCGGAUUUCAUGAUGCUUUAAGAACCAUAAUCAAAGAAGAAGGAUGGAGGGCACUUUACAAGGGGCUUAUGCCAAGCCUAUUUCUGAUUACACAUGGUGCUAUUCAGUUCACGGCAUAUGAGGAAUUUCGCAAAGUCAUCCUUAGCUCGAAAGUUCAGGAGAAUGAAAACCCUCUUGCCACAGCUGCUGACUUGUUGGAUUCAGUUGACUAUGCAACACUAGGAGCUUCUUCUAAGUUGGCAGCCAUUCUUACAACAUACCCAUUUCAGGUUGUGCGAUCCCGAUUGCAGCAACGACCAAGUACAACUGGAGUUCCAAGAUACAUGGAUAGCUGGCAUGUUGUGAAGGAAACUGCAAGGUUUGAGGGCGUACGAGGCUUCUACAGAGGUAUCACAGCAAACGUGCUGAAAAAUGCCCCUGCAGCUUCAAUUACCUUCAUUGUCUAUGAGAAUGUCCUAAACCUGCUAAAAAUGUCUAGGAGAGAGUAUUAGUUCUUUUACAUCCUUUUUGCCUCCCAUUUCUUGUAGCAAUUAGGAUUCUACACUAUUGAAACUAUUUUUGGAAAAAGUAUACUCAGAUUUGACAGGAGUACAAAUAGAAACAAGAUGCCAUUUAGGAGAAUGUGAACAGGAGACAAUUUAAUGGCUGGUGUGGUGUAAUUGUACUAUAUUUCUAGUCUUUGUAAUUUAUGAGAAAAGAAAUAAUCUUUUGAGACUUUGUUCAAGUACUCACGAAAGUUUAAACUGCUGCUGUAGCAAGAAUUAAUUGAUGGAAGCUAUGCUUCGACACCUAAUAAUACUGUAUGUAAACCUUGUUACUGAAAUGCAUGUUGGUUGUUUGAAAGGUUGA